GUAUUAGGCAAAAGUAUGUUUUUUUUUCUGUGGCAGUAUUAUUCGUUAGAUAGCGAAGAGGCCUGUCGAAGGUCCUACUUUGAGUAGUAAAAUCUCGGCCGUUCGAAAAUGACGUGUAUGUUGGUGAUGUGAAGUGAAGUGAAUUUUCGUUAAGCUUUUAAGGACUUGCCAAAUAGUGCCAGCGGGAGAGGCGUAUCAGUCGUAUACGCGACGAGUGUUCAAGUGAUUGAGAAAAUUACACUGCAGUGUAAAAAAAUCGUGUGCCAAAUCAUUACCGGAGAACCGGGAACUGUGUGCGCAGAACUGGCAGUACGGUUGUAAUAUUUAGUGACGAAACAUAUUGUUUUUUUAUACGUUAGGAAACAAAUUGUGGUUGUGUGUAAUCGAAAUUGAAUGUGAAUGUGAAUUCAAAAUUGGAUGUAAUCAAAAUUCGUUGGUGAUAAAUCGUUGAGUAAUCUGUUCAUAUCACGGAAAGCACAGCACAGUGGUGGAUUAGCUGUUACCAUCGGUUCCAAAUCGAAGCUAUCAAAAUUCAGGAAGAAGCUAAAGGUGGCAGAAAAUGUCAUUUCGCGUCGUGAGAAGUUCAAAAUUUCGGCACGUGUACGGCCAAGCGCUGAAACGGGAGCAGUGCUAUGACAACAUCAGAGUCUCCAAGAGCAGCUGGGAUUCCACGUUCUGUGCGGUCAAUCCGAAGUUCCUCGCCAUCAUCGUUGAGUCGGCCGGCGGUGGUGCCUUCAUUGUGCUGCCACAUAACAAGGUCGGACGUAUUGCAGCUGACCAUGCGUUGGUAGGAGGACACAAAGGACCUGUUCUAGAUAUUUCAUGGUGUCCGCACAAUGACAAUGUGAUCGCUUCCGGAUCAGAGGACUGCGUAGUUAAGGUGUGGCAGAUACCGGAUGGUGGACUGAGCCGGACAAUUACCGAGCCAGUUGUAGAUCUGGUGUAUCACCAGCGCAGGGUAGGCCUUGUGUUAUGGCACCCUUCGGCGUUGAACGUCCUGCUCACGGCUGGAUCAGACAACCUCAUCGUAAUCUGGAACGUCGGCACGGGUGAAGUGCUGGUGCGAAUCGAAUGUCAUCCGGAUACGAUCUACAGUGCAUGCUGGAACUGGGAUGGGUCCCAGCUAGUGACUACAUGUAAAGAUAAAAAAAUUCGCAUACUCAAUCCCCGUUCGGGUGAAAUGCUAGCUGAAGCCAUUGCACAUGAAGGGUCGAAAGCAACACGGGCAAUAUUUUUACGACAUGGCCUUAUUUUUACGACUGGUUUCAAUCGAUCCUCGGAACGACAGUAUUCUCUACGAGCGCCGGACGCUUUAGGUGAUCCUAUUGUGAUGGUAGACCUGGACACAUCGAACGGUGUGAUGUUCCCACUCUACGACCCGGACACGAACCUGAUCUACCUGUGCGGCAAAGGCGACUCGGUUAUCCGUUACUUUGAAGUGACACCAGAGCAACCAUUUGUGCAUUACAUCAAUCAGUUCCAGACACCCGAUUCCCAACGAGCCAUCGGUUUGAUGCCCAAGCGAGGAUGUGAUGUCAGCACAUGCGAGCUAGCGCGAUUCUACCGGCUCAACAAUAGUGGCCUAUGCCAGGUGAUCUCAAUGAUUGUGCCUCGAAAGAGUGAACUCUUCCAGGAGGAUCUCUACCCGGAUACGCUCGCUGAUGAAGCGUCCAUAUCGGCGGAAGAUUGGAUCUCCGGGUCGGAUGCGGAUCCACAGCUGGUGUCGCUAAAAGAUCGUGUUUUCGUUGAAAAGGGUGGAUACGUUUCGCAGUCCCAGAGCACCACACUAACGGUAACCAAGAAGUCAAACGUGCUAGACAAGAUGCCACCUCGUGGACCAAAGAGCGGCCCGGUAGCGGGUGCAACAGCGACGACAACAGCAUCUAGCGCAACAUCCAAUGGAGCAACCGCUGCAAACGGAACGACGCAAUCCACCUCACCAGCCAACACCAACAGUCAACAGUCUGAAACGGUGAUCAUCAGUGGAGUUGCAGAACAAGCACUGACUGAUCUGCGCACCAAAUUCGAGGACGAGUUCAGGAAACUGAAGGCAAUCAUCGUAAAGCACGAAAAUCGCAUCCGCUCCCUAGAGGCCACCAUGAAAGCCAUGGCAGAUCGGGGUGCAACCGAUGCAACCGAUUCUGCCCCACUCAUCACCUCGACGCCUUCACCCACGAUCGUUGGGACGAACCAAACCGGAACUACUCACGAUGAGCAGCAUGGCGACGGUGGUAGCCACUACACCAACACGAACCUAGCACCGGACGAAGUGUAGAGCAAUGCAAUAAAGUCGAUUACCCAUACAAGAGCACACAACCUGAACAAA